AAAGAGUAAAUGAAGGAAAGAAGAAACAAACAAACGAAAAAGAGCAGAAGGGAAGCUUCAAAAGCCAAGAGAGAUGCUUUCCGGUUCUGAACAAUUCUAUGGUCAGUUGGUCACUGCUACUGCUGUCGCUACAAGUCCGAGAUCAGGAUAACAAUCUUCCCGUUUCCCCCAAUUAAUAUCAUUAUUCUAUUCGCAAAUCCAAUCACACCUUAACAACUAUUUUCCUUCAUGAUCCUGACCCCUUCUGCUGAUUUGCCGUCUUCAACAACAAGACAAUCCUUUUGUAGUUUUUUACUCAACUCCAUACACCCUUCUUCAGAUACACUACACUUUGAAAUCUCCGAUAAUAUGUUAUUCUGCUUCUAUCAUCUCGGCUUUGUCGUUAGUCACCUCCCCUUUUCUCUGUUAUCUGUCUCGAUAUUUGAAGACAAACAAAAAAAGUUAUUGGUAUCGGAGAAGCUAGUUUCUCAACUUACUCGCCAUUUUAUCCCUGCUAAUGAGGUAUUGGAGGAUAUAGAGACGAUAACGAUUGGAUAAGGAGAAAUGCGUCGCCUACUUCAAGCAGAAGAAACACUUCAGGAAGACAACUUAUCUAUGAAGCAUCACACAUGGGGCGUAUUCUUCAUCAUCGGAGGCUUAGUCUUGUUCCUAAUUUUGCUGAUUAUUAUUUUUGCCUUCCGGAAAUCAAUCAGAACAGCACAACUAGGAAAGUGUGUAAAACGUGAAGACAGCUGUAAAGCUGCAAAAGACUAUUUUAGUGGAAAACUUCAAACAAUAAGCUAUUUUAGCUUUCGAACAUUAAAGGAAGCAUCUAAGAAUUUUGAUGAGUGUAAUCUUCUUGGAGAAGGUGGAUUUGGACCUGUGUAUCUGGGUAAGUUACAAGAUGGAAGAUUGGUUGCUAUAAAAAAACUCUCUCUUGAAAAAUCACAACAAGGAGAAGAAGAGUUUCUUGCAGAAGUGAGAAUGAUCACAAGCAUACAACACAAGAACCUUUUACGCCUUCUUGGUUGUUGCUCUGAGGGACCUCAAAGAGUACUUGUAUAUGAAUACAUGAAGAACAGGAGUUUAGACCUCAUUAUUUAUGGAAAAAGUAACCAAUACUUGAAUUGGAACAUGAGAUUCCAAAUUAUAUUGGGAAUUGCUAGGGGUUUACAGUAUCUACAUGAAGAGUCACACCUCAGAAUUGUUCAUAGAGAUAUUAAAGCAAGCAAUAUUCUCCUUGAUGGAAAUUUUCAGCCAAGAAUUGGAGAUUUUGGUCUUGCUAGAUUCUUCCCUGAAAACCAAGCUUAUCUCAGUGCCACAUUAGCUGGAACAUUAGGUUAUACAGCACCUGAAUAUGCAAUCAGAGGGGAAUUAUCUGAAAAGGCUGACAUUUAUAGUUUUGGAGUUUUGGUUCUUGAGAUUAUUAGUUGCAGGAAAAAUACUGAUCUUACACUGCCAUCAGAAAUGCAAUACCUCCCGGAAUAUGCAUGGAAGCUAUACGAGAGGUCAAAAUUGAUUGAUCUCAUAGAUUCAAGAAUGCAAAAAGAUGGUUUUUCAGUAAAAGAUGUUAUGAAAACAGUUCAUAUGGCAUUAUUAUGUCUUCAAUCUCAUCCAAACAUAAGACCGGCAAUGUCAGAGAUUGUGGCAAUGUUGACUUGGAAGGUCGAAAUGGUAAAAUCACCAUUAAAACCGACCUUCUUGCACCAUAGACAACAACCAAAGGGUGAAGUUUCUCGGGAAACUAUCUCGGAUAGUUUUCCUUCUACUCUUGAAACUGAAUCACCUUCAUUGACUCAACCUCCAAACUCUAGAGAUUUUGAUGUUGGUGAAAGUAUAGUUUAAAAAAUGGUGGUUUAUGAUGACAAUUUGUUUAUGUUUGUUUGAUUUGUAAAUGUGAUUCAAACUCAAAACUUGUAGUUAUUUUAAAUAAUUUCUAGCUAAGGUUUGACCA